UUUACAAGGUGUUGAAUGUCCGUUGAAUUGGGGAAUUUUUUUUUGGCGAACAUUGAACGUUGUUGUUGAAAUAUUAAGACGGCAACAACAAAAGUAGAGACUGCUUUUUUAUAAUUGCAAACGAUUGCGAAACUCUUUGUGAAAAAAAGUCCAGAAAAUAACAAAAAAAAAAAAACAAUUCACACAACAUAUACAUAGUAUUUACGCAGGGUUGGAAAAUUGUUAGCAACAACAAUGUUUAAAUAAUAUCGAUCUUUUUGGCUUGUAGACUACGUAAAGUAUAAUAUCCCAGCAAAAAUUUUCAUUACCUCGUAAUCUAGAAAGUAAUAUUGGAAUCACGUGGAAACUAAUUACUUUUGGGGUAAAUAACUAAUUAUUUUUGUUCGACGAGGUUCAACUAAUAUGUACCUACCUUAAACAAAUUAAUAAAUGGUUACUAAUUUGAUUACAAUAUUAUUUAAAAAGGAAUACAAUAACUUUGCGAAAUAACUAGUUACAAAUAAACCUACAAAUAUAUUAUAUGAUAGCUAGUUAUUUUGGGCCGACUUUGUAUGUAGAAAACAAAAAAAAAAAAAAAUCCUCUGCCCGGAUUUGAACCCAGGCAUCCAGUUGUUUUCUAUGUUUUUCACUCCAGCCGCUUACUCGAUGCUCCACUAACAUGUUGCUUUUUGUAAUUUUGAGAACGGCUUUUUACAAAAAUAUAUAAAUUAAUAUCAUUUUGAAAAAAAAAAUAAAAAUAAUAAUAAUAAACAGUAUUCAGCAGGGCUCGAAUCACGAACCCCUUGUUUGUUAAAUGAACGACCUAGACAAUUGAGCCAUAACAAAUCCAAAUUGUUUUGUUCUUUACCAGUAAUAACCAAUUCAACUAAAUGAAAUAAUGUGAAUGAUAAUGAACACUCAUUACUAAGUAAUACAUAUAUGAAAUAACUACUGGCUUUUACCAAAAAUUUAAGAUUUUUUGCUGGGAUAAUAUAUAAGUAUAUUUAACAACCGUGAAAACUAACAAUUUUUGUCUUGCAACAUCCUUUUUAUAGGUACCUAACUAACAAUGUCAGACAUUUUCAGAACAUUUUUCUACUAUAGUUGUAAUAUUUGAAAUUUUUAAAGAUUUGUAAAAAAAAGUUUAUCAAAAUUUAUUUUUUAAAUAAAAUUUUUCAGAAAUUAAAAUAUACAAAAAAAUCUAAAAUUUUGUAACUCUAGUUUUCUAACAUUUUCCAUCCCUGCCACAGUGUGUUUCUGUUAAAAAAAGAGAAAAUUUUGCAAAGUAUGAUUGCAUGUGUACGCCAAACGUAUACGUUAUAUUUAUUUAUUUGCAUGUGCGGAUGUGUGUGUGUAUGUAAGAGAAUGUGUAAUUAACCCUUUUGUUUUACAUUGUUCGUUCAUUCUUUGUUUUUCAUUGUUUUGCAUUAACAUUCGCAUUUUUUGACAUGUAUUGUCACAUUUAACUGUCAUUGUAGUUGCCGCAGCCAUUGUUGUGAAUGUUUUUUUUUUUCCCUAAAUGAGCAACUGUUGAGGUGGAAAACGUGUAAUAAACUGAGGUGGUGUUUUAAUUCUCGCUAAUAUUUAUUUUUACGGAAUAUUCCUUUUUAAAUAAUAUUCUUUAACAGAUGAUUUUGUAUUUUUAGUAAACAAUUUCUAUAAUUUAAAUUGAAAAAGCUAAAUAAAUUAGUGUUUUUUGUAAAUAGAUAAACAAAAUUGCCUGAAAUUUAAAACAGAAAUAGAAAGUGCUAUUUUCAACAAAAUUCAGUGAAGUGUAACACGUUUCUUGAAAAUAAACCGCAAUUAAACAAAAGUCUUUACUUCAAAACAGGGUGUGUCAUUAAAUUUGAAAAAAAGAAAUAAUAAAUUGUUUAUAAUAAAUAAGAAAAACGUCUUAUAUUACCCUAAAAAAAUAAAACAACUUUUUACAUUCCAUAUUAUUUUUGUGUUAAACUUCUACCCUUCCUCUUCUUCCUCAUUCGUAUUUCAAUAAAUUUCUACUACCAAUAACAACAAUAAAAAACCACCUAUACGUUAAACUUCAUACAAAAUGAAAGUUAAAGUGGAUUCAAAAACAAAUAUUUCUAAACUUAAAAUACAAGAUAAAACAACGGUUAACUCGUCAACGGUAAUAAAUUCAUCAAAAACGGAUUUAGAUGAACAGGAAAAUAAUACACAAAUAACUACUGCGCCAACAACAGCUACAAUAAAUGUUUUAAAAGAUUCUUCUUCCCUGUCAACUGUCAACAAUAAAAGUCAAAUACAACUUUUAGAAGAGGAAGAAGAAGAACCAGCAACAGAAGUAGUAGAAACGUUUGACAUUUUACCUCAUUUUUCAACAACGCGCAAUAAUAAUCUUAUCCUCGUUUCAAUGGAAUGCAUGCAAACAGGUGUACCUACUUUGACCACACCCACCCUAACACCUACAACGCUCAAGAGUAUAGAAGAAUCGUUUAUACAGUUAACUAGCGAGCCAAUGAAUGCACCAUAUCAGGCAGGAUUUAUACCACCACCAUUGGGUUCUUAUAAUGCUACAACAACGAAUAGCAAUAGCAAUAAUAAUAACAACAACAGUACAUUAACAACAGUCGCAGCAACAGCAACAUCUGUUGCUGGUAUAUCACCAAAUGCAGCAUUGAAUAAUGUCUAUUUGGGUGAUAUUAGUGCUGGGGCCAGUUUGCCUGACUAUGGAAAUAUGACAGAAUCGGAAAAUUCUCAGGGAUCAUGGACGGGUAAUAAUUUGAAUGAAGAAAAUUCUAUGGCCACAACAGAUAAUUCAAGUGCCGCCACAGAUACGAUUUCAUUUCAAAAUGGUCUUAAUGGUUUGGGUGUUAAUAACCUCAAUAAUUCCAAUUCUUCGACAACAAAUGACUUUACCACUGUCAAUUUGGCAGCCUUAGCUGUAGCGACAGCAGCUGCCAAAAUCUCAAAUUCUGGUAAUAACAACAAUAAUACCUCAUCAAGUGCCACUACAACAUCAGCUACCCCUACUCGACGUGGUGGUGGACGUCGUCCAGCCACCAACAGCAAUAUGUCACCCGAAGAAGAGGAGAAAAGACGCAUACGACGAGAGCGUAAUAAAUUGGCGGCCGCAAGAUGUCGCAAGCGUAGAGUGGACCAAACUAAUGAACUGACCGAAGAGGUGCAAAUGUUGGAAAAGAAGCGUGAAGAGUUACAAAAACAAAUCGAGUCAUUGAAUGGUACCAAACAGGAUUUAGAAUUUCUUUUAGAAGCACACCGUCCUACCUGUCAAAGAGUUGUGCCAACUGAUAUUUUAUCCGUCAAUACAUUCGAAGGUCUGAUGCCUUCAGCUACAUCAACAGCCAAUGAUAAUAUUACUGGCGUCGAUACCAGUUUGGCUACAACUGCUAGAAGUAUUUCUCCUUUGGACUUAAAACCAGUAUUGAAUGAUCAGCUAUUAGCUCAAAUUAAGGCUGAACCAUUGGACACAGCGCUAGAUUCAAAUUCGUCCCUCGAUCAAGAUGGUCCGUCUUCGCCAAAAAGAUUUAUUCUAUCCAACAAUAACACCAUGAUACCACCGCCUUUACCAAACGUAGCCACACUGUCACCUUCUUUGGCGGCCGCCGCGGCUUCACUAAACACUCCCAUUGUAACAACGGCUCCCGUUAGCUUUGGUUCCAUGUACUCCAACAAUCCAUCACUUAGUGCUCCAUUAACAAAACCAAAUUCGAAACAACGUCCCAAUUCAUUGCCAACAGUACCACGAAAUUUGGCUCAAACUAUAGGCCUAAAUGACAAUGACAACAAGCCGCGCACAGACAUCAAUGGUGUAGCCAUACAGACGCCAUCGACGGGUAUGUUCAACUUUGAUUCUCUAAUGGAUGGUGGUACUGGUCUAACACCGGUUUCCGGCCCUCUAGUACCCACUUGUUCAUCACAGAACAAGCAUCCUUUGGAACUAGUGACACCCACAAGCGAACCCUCUAAGUUGGUAAGUUUAUAACAAUAAAUGCAUGAAGAGCGUCAUCAACAGAGAAUAAGAGCAUAAAAACCUGAGAGAUGAGGAGAGAGUGCAAACGAAGCUGGUCUUAAACAAUUAAUUUAAAUGUAAACUAUUAAGAGAUAAAUCAAUGAUGAAUGAGUGAAUAAUUGAAUUAUUAAAAGAUAUAAAAAACUAUGUACUUUUUAAAAGUAUGUGUAUUUUUUUAACAAAAUAUAAGGAAAAUUUUACUACUAUGAGUUUUAAAAUUAAAAAAAAAUAAAGAAAUGUUUUUUAUUUUAAUUUUUAUGUAUGUACUAUUAUUAAGUAAAUUUCCUAGAUACUUUUAAUUCAAAUUUUAUAAAAAUUUUCUUAAAUUUGUAAUAAUAUAGUAAACACGAAAUGGACACAAAUCCAAGAAAUCUUUAAAAAGUUUAAAAAACGUUUAUUUAGUAUUUAAUUUUUUAACCUCUAUCGAAAACAACAAAAAAAACAAAAAGCAUUAUCUAACAAGAACAAUAUCACUUUUUUAUCACAUCCAAUAUUUUUUACGCUGUAUUAUUAUUUUUAAUUAUUUCGUAAAACAUAAACAAACAUAUUUCUUAAUUAAAAUA